AUGGUUGGAAAAUCGACAUUAUUGACCGUCCUGGCGUCAGCCUCGGUGGCGUUCGCUGCUUGCAGUCUCGACAGCCAUUGUCCUGAAGAAACUCCAUGUUGCUCUCAAUAUGGAGAAUGUGGUACUGGCGCAUAUUGUCUGGGAGGUUGUGAUCCUCGAAUGUCAUUUUCUCUCGAUUCCUGCGUUCCCGAACCCGUUUGCGAAAGCGCUUCAUAUACCUUUACGAGCAUGGAUGGCAUAACUUCAAACACAAAAUACUUGGGUGAUGCAUCAAAGUCAGAUUGGGUUUACAGUGGAAGUCCAGUUAUCUACGAUGAUAAUGUGUUGUUGACUAUGUCGGCAAACUCGGUCGGAACGGUUAUGGCAUCUUCGACUUACAUGUGGUAUGGAAAUGUGAAGGCAAAGUUCAAGACUAGUAGAGGUCAGGGUGUGGUUACGGCUUUUAUUCUCUUCUCGGAUGUGAAGGACGAAAUCGAUUACGAAUUUAUUGGUUCGGAAUUGACCACUGCUCAAUCCAACUACUAUUUCCAGGGUAUUACAAAUUAUGACAACGAGUUAAACAUCACCCUCUCCGAUACAUAUGCCAAUUAUCACGAGUACGAGAUUGAUUGGACUCCUGAUGAGAUUACUUGGCUUGUAGAUGGACAGGUUGGACGUACAAAGAAGCGUGCAGAUACUUGGAAUGCAACCGCAAACCAAUGGAACUUCCCACAAACUCCUGCUCGAGUCCAACUCUCUCUUUGGCCCGGUGGUCUCGCAAGUAACGGUGCUGGAACUAUUGCUUGGGCAGGUGGUGAAAUUGACUGGAACUCUGAAGAUAUUCAAAACAACGGUUACUACUAUGCCGCUUUUGAAUCGGUCGACAUUUCAUGUUACAACGCAAAAUCUGCUCCAGGAACGAAUUCCGGAAAGUCAUACUAUUACAACAGUGCUUUGGGAACCAACAACACCGUGAUCGAUUCAAAAAAUGCCACUAUCCUUUCUUCCCUUUUGGCUACUGGAACCAACAUGACCGCGGGAGAAUCAGCAGCAGCUUCUGGUUCAACUGCCGUUUCCACUGCCGCCACAGUUCCUGGACUUACAGGUUCCGAUGGUGGAGGAGUUGGAGAUGACCAUUCUGGCGAUGACAGUAGCAGCAGCAGUGAUUCUAGCUCGGGAUCAGCAACUUCAUCAUCCAGUGGUUCAUCUUCAACUAGCAGCAGUGGAUUUUCCCAAGGAGAUGGCUCUACCACUACCAGCAAAAGCAGUGCAGAUAGCCUCGUCGCAAAUCAAGAAAGAGUCCUCAAAGGCAGUGUAUUUGCAGGUAUUGUGGCAGUCGUUGCUAUGAUGGCUUUGUAA